AUGUUGAGAACCAGAAGGCUUAAUUGCCAUACAGCAAGAUCAUUUGCUACUCAAGCAUUUCAUGUACCUUCAGAAUAUCAGUCAAGAACUCCUCCAUAUUCAAAAUUAAUUCCAAAAUUAUCACAAGUUCAAAAAUUAUUGAAUAAUCAACCUUUAACACUAGCUGAAAAAAUUUUAUAUUCUCAUUUAGUUAAUCCAGAAGAAAGUUUAUCAUCUGGUAAUGUUGCAGAUAUUAGAGGACAACAAUAUCUAAAAUUGAAUCCUGAUAGAGUUGCAAUGCAAGAUGCAUCUGCGCAAAUGGCUUUAUUGCAAUUCAUGACCUGUGGUAUGAAACACACUGCAGUACCUGCAUCAAUUCAUUGUGAUCAUUUAAUUGUUGGUAAAGAAGGUGCUGAAAAAGAUUUAAAAUCAUCAAUUGCUACUAAUGAAGAGGUUUUUAAUUUUUUACAAAGUUGUGGUGAAAAAUAUGGUAUACAAUUCUGGGGUCCUGGAUCUGGUAUUAUACAUCAAAUUGUUUUAGAAAAUUUUUCUGUACCUGGUUUAAUGAUGUUAGGUACUGAUUCUCAUACUCCAAAUGCUGGUGGAUUAGGUGCAAUUGCUAUCGGUGUUGGUGGUGCAGAUGCAGUUGAUGCAUUGACAGGUACUCCUUGGGAAUUAAAAGCACCAAAAAUAUUAGGUGUUAAAUUGACGGGUAAAUUACAAGAUUGGACUUCACCAAAGGAUGUAAUUACAACACUAGCUGGUAUAUUAACUGUUAGAGGUGGUACCGGUUACAUAGUCGAAUAUUUUGGUGAUGGUGUUAAUAACUUAAGUUGUACAGGUAUGGCGACUAUUUGUAAUAUGGGUGCCGAAAUUGGUGCCACAACUUCAGUAUUUCCAUAUAAAUUAGCUCAUAAGAAUUAUUUAAUUCAUACAAAUAGAGAACCAAUUGCCAAUAUUGUAGAUCAAGUAUCAAAAACUGGAUUUUUAAAUGCUGAUUCUGAUGCUCAAUACGACAAAGUUAUUGAAAUUAAUUUAUCAGAAUUAGAACCUCAUAUAAAUGGUCCAUUUACACCAGAUUUAUCAACACCAAUUAGUAAGUUUGGCUCAAAAGCCAAAGAAGAGCAAUGGCCAGAUAAAAUUAGUGCCGGUUUGAUUGGUUCAUGUACAAAUUCAAGUUAUCAAGAUAUGUCAAGAUGUAUUUCAAUUAUAAAUCAAGCAGAAAAAGCUGGGUUGAAACCAAAAAUUCCAUUUUUUGUCACCCCAGGAAGUGAACAAAUUAGAGCUACAAUUGAAAGAGAUGGUUUAAUUCAAACAUUUGAAAAAAACGGUGCUAUUGUGUUAGCAAAUGCAUGUGGUCCAUGUAUAGGACAAUGGGAUAGAUCAGAUAAUCCUAAUCCUAAUGAAUUUAAUUCCAUUUUUACAAGUUUCAAUAGAAAUUUUAAAGCAAGAAAUGAUGGUAAUAGAAAUACUAUGAAUUUCCUUACAUCCCCUGAUAUUGUCACAGCUAUGAUUUAUUCAGGUGAUAUGAAUUAUAAUCCUAUAACGGAUUCCAUUGAAUUAGAAAAUGGAGAUACUUUUAAAUUUGAACCUCCACAAGGUGAAGAUUUACCUCCACAAGGCUUUAUUAAAGGUAGAUCAGAAUUUUAUCCAGAAGCAAAUCCACAACCUAAACCUGAAAUUGAAGUUAAAGUAUCACCAACAUCCGAUAGAUUACAAUUGUUGGAGCCUUUUAAACCAUGGAAUGGCGACGAAUUGUCAACAAAUGUUUUGAUUAAAGUUGAAGGUAAAUGUACAACUGAUCAUAUUUCAGCAGCUGGUGCAUGGUUAAAAUAUAAAGGUCAUUUGGAAAAUAUUAGUUAUAAUACUUUGAUUGGUGCUGUUAAUAAAGAAACAGGUAAGGUAAAUACUGCUUACGAUGUAAAUGGUGAUGCUUUUACCAUUCCAGAAUUGAUGAUUAAAUGGAAAAACGAAAAUAAACCUUGGAUAGUAGUUGCUGAACAUAAUUAUGGUGAAGGGUCAGCAAGAGAACAUGCGGCAUUGUCACCAAGAUUUUUAGGUGGUACAAUUAUAUUAGUUAAAUCAUUUGCAAGAAUUCACGAAACCAAUUUGAAAAAACAAGGUAUGUUACCAUUGACAUUUGCACAUGAGAAUGAUUAUGAUUUAAUCUCAAAUGGUGACAAGAUAGAAACUAUAGAUUUGAGAAACUUAGUUGCAAAAUAUGGCGAUAAUGGAGGAUACCUUAAAUUAAAAGUUACCAAAAAAGAUGGUUCAGAGUUUGAAAUUUUAUCAAAACAUACAAUGUCAAAAGAUCAAAUAGAGUUUUUUAAAGCUGGUUCUGCUAUCAAUUACAUUGGUAACUUAAAGAAAAAACAACAACAAUAA